AUGCUUGCUGCCGUGCGGUAUAUGCUGUCCAAGCUGGUUUCUCCAUUGUGGAGGACGGUAGAGGUGGAUGAAGAAGACAUUUUAUGCGGUACUCCAGGCAUGGAGGACAUUAGCCACCUGCGAGGCAGUGUGGUAACCCAGCUGUGUCUUGACUAUGGCAUGAUAGACGACACAGUCUACUUCACUAGUGGUGAAGUGUUGGGUGGGGUGCCGCUGAAGAAGGGAGACUUGGUGAACUGUAUAGCAGUAAGAGAUGGUGCCCAAAGGGGAUGGAAAGCUCUACGGGUGGAGAAGAGUGCAGAUACUUGGGAGGAUGGGGGAAGGAGUUCCUUAGAAGCUGACAGUAUGCAGCUGCGGCCUCUCAUUGGCACAGUCACAUCAUUUGAUGGAAAUGGCGGCUACAUAAAUCAGACCACAUACUUCCUACGCCACAGUCUCUGGGAAGGUUAUGAACCAAUGAAAGGAGACUGGGUCCAAGCAAAAUACUUCAUCAAUCCUACCCAGUGGACCACCCAGGCUCAUUCUGUGACCCCUUUACGCUAUUCCCGCCUCAACCAGGUUCGCAUUACCAGUGUGUAUGGUAACAAUGGAGUAGUGGAGGACAGUGUUUUCUUCAGCCUUGACUCUCUGCUGCUGCCUGCAAACUACCAGCCUUUGCCAGGAGAUCUGGUCAACGUGGUAGUGGUGGAGAGCAAUCAGUCUAUCUUCAGUUGGAGGGCCUUGUGUAUGGCACCCUACCUUCAAAGUUGCAAUGCCAGUUCUUCUGCCACACCUUUCCAAGAGACUGAACUCCAGAGCAUCUUGGAAAACAAAGGAGGGCUGGAUGUCACAGACUAUGGCCAGUUUGGGGAUGUAUUGAUUGGGGAAAGACGAGAGUUGGUGUUGUGGAUACAAAAUAAAGGUUCAGAGACCCACAGGCUGAAGUGUUGUGACUUUGCUGGCUGGGACUCGGAGGAACAGUUCAACCUGGUUACGACCAGUGGAUCAGCAUCACUAAGCCAGACACGACAAGCAUUGCAAGAAGACUGUCCUGAAUCUUCAGAAAAACAAGUGAGGGAUCCAGAAGAGCUAGACAAAGAGAAUGGUGAGAUGCAGAAGGACACUGUCCACUCCAUUGGUGUCCGAAGAGAAGAGAGAGAGGUGGACAUUCCACCAGGACAGCGGCUGUCUAUCACAGUAGCCUGCCAAACAAAGAGUCUGGGAAGCUGUGCUGAGCUGCUGCUGCUGCACUUCUCUUCUUUCACCAUCGGAAGGCGCCUGGAGGUCACAGUGGGCAGUGAGGAGGAGAACCAGCUGAAGCCCUCUGGGCCCUACAUUCAGAGUAGUGCUCCUCCAGUCUCAGCGUCACCCUCUAAAGUUAUCACUGUAUCUGCUCCAAAAGACACACCAAGACUGACUAAGCGACGGCUACCUGUCUUCAUGGCUAACUACCCAGUGCCUCAGGCUCUCAGAGACUGCGUGGAGACACAAGCUGAUGUGCUGGUAAUUCGACCCUGCCUAGGAGAGGUGCUGUCACCAUCCAAUAUGCAUUCGCGUUUCUCAACCCUGCUCUGGCUGGAAGAGUUGCAAGGAGAAAGAGAACUGAGAGAAUUCACAAUCACUGGAGCUCUUCUCCGGAAAGGCGGCGUCUACCUGCACCUUGAGGUCCAUGGAUUAUCUGAAGGCAGACCCAGUCUCAAUAUAGGAGACAGAAUACUGCUGAAGAAACUACACAGUGAUGGCCUGGUAAUGGAGUACGUUAGUUAUGUCACAGAAAUCAAUGACGAGGAUGUGAGUUUGAGAGUGAACUCAGACUUUCAGCGCAGGUACCUCGGAGAGCCACUUGAUGUUGAAUUCUCCUACAACAGGGUGACCAUGAGGCGGUGUCACAAUGCACUUGACCAGGCAAAACUGUUUGGGGAGAUCCUCUUCCCCUCCAGAGUGACACUUCAAAGCCCUCAGUGGACUGGAAAAUGGUCAGAUGAGGAGGAGAAAGACCAAAACAAAACGACUCCAGCCACUGAAAAUGGAACAGUGGAUAGCGUUUCCAUUGACAUGAAGUCGAAGGCCACCCAGACUAAAGAUAGUAGGCUACCAUCCAAACCCAUCCCCAGCAAAGGGCACUUCUUUAACCCAGACCUGAACCCCCCUCAGAGAGAGGCAGUGAAGAGGAUCCUGGCUGGAGAGUGUCGACCAAUUCCUUAUGUGCUCUUUGGACCGCCAGGCACUGGAAAGACAAUCACCCUUAUAGAGUCCAUACUACAGGUUUAUCACUUUCUGCCCAGCACUCGGAUACUUGUAUGUACUCCUUCUAACAGUGCUGCUGACCUCAUCUGCAUCCGCCUACAUGACAGCGGAUACCUGCAUGCUGCAAGUUUGGCCCGUGUCAAUGCAUCCUGUAGGCAAAAUGAGUCUAUCCCAGAAGUGCUGAGACCAUACUCGAGAGAGGGCGAGGACAUCCGUCAUGCAGCUUUUCACAGGAUUGUGGUCAGCACCUGCUCCAGUGCUGGCAUGUUCCAUAGUUUAGGAUUACAAGUGGGACAUUUUACCCAUUUGUUUCUGGAUGAAGCCGGGCAGGCCACUGAGCCAGAGUCCCUGAUCCCCAUCAGUUUUGUGUCAGAAAGAGAUGGACAGAUAGUGUUGGCUGGAGACCCCUGUCAGUUGGGUCCAAUAGUGAAAUCUAAGCUCGCUGAUGCCUUUGGCCUCGGGGUGUCUUUGUUGGAGAGGCUGAUGGCCAAUUCACUGUAUUCCAGACAGGACUGGGGCUACAACCCUAAGCUGGUGACUAAGCUGAUCUACAACUAUCGCUCUCAUGAGGCCUUGCUCACGCUGCCUUCCAAGCUCUUUUACCAAGGGGAACUGCAUUUUAAAGCCUCCAAGGCGAUUGUGGAGUCCCUCUGCCAGUGGAAAAACCUGCCAAAAAAAAGCUUUCCACUUCUUUUUCAUGGUGUCAGGGGUACUGAAAUGAGGGAAGGUAGCAACCCAUCAUGGUUCAACCCAGUGGAGGCUGUGCAGGUCAUGCUCUACUGCUGUCAGCUGGCAAAGAAGCUUUACAACCCUGUGGAUGCUUCUGACAUUGGCAUCAUUGCCCCCUACAGAAAACAAUGUGAGAAGAUUCGAGUGCUGCUGGGUAAGGUGGGCCUGUCUGACAUCAAAGUGGGCUCGGUGGAAGAGUUCCAAGGACAAGAGUACCUGGUCAUCAUCUUGUCUACGGUGCGCUCUAAUGAAUCCAUACAGAGUGACGAUUUGCAGAGCACACUUGGCUUCCUGUCCAACCCAAAGCGCUUCAAUGUUGCUAUCACUCGUCCCAAAGCUCUGCUCUUAGUUGUUGGAAACCCCCACAUUCUUAUUAGGGAUCCGUGCUUCAGAGCUCUACUGCAAUACUGUUUCAUCAAUGGGGCGUAUCUGGGCUGUGACCCCCCUCCUUCCUUAAGAGACUCACAGAUGUACGUAAGCUGAUCUGCCCUUGUUGACUUCAUUCACAAUGAAC